AUGUCAUCCCUCAACUCAACCUUGUCCGACUUGGGUGGCAACUCCACCGCCAGCGAGUCCAGGACUGGACAGACUGCGAGCCAGUUCGCUGCCUCCUUAAUAACCUCCAUAGCCAUCUUCGCCAUUCAAGUGGCCCUCUUCCUCCUCAUUAAGGAUCGAUUUGCUCGCAUAUACCAGCCGAGAACAUACCUAGUGCCAGAAAGAGAGCGGACAAAACCAACACCACCAGGCUGGUGGAAGUGGAUCAAACCCGUCUUCGUCACCUCGAAUUCCGAAUUCGUGCAAAAAUGCGGUUUGGACGCGUACUUCUUCCUCCGUUACCUUCGCACACUGCUCAAGAUCUUCGUACCUGCGGCACUGGUCAUACUACCUAUCCUAGUUCCUCUGAAUGUAGUUGAUGGGAGGGGUGCACGGUUCGCGACAGGACGGCACGAGAAUUCCUCCAAUGUCACUGGUUUGGAUCAGCUUGCUUGGGGAAAUGUGGCUCCCGACCACACCGGACGUUACUGGGCGCAUUGGCUCCUUGCCUUGGCCCUCAUAGUCUGGGUCUGUUACGUUGCGUAUGACGAACUACGGUGCUACAUUCGGAUGCGACAAGCAUACCUGACAUCACCUCAACAUCGACUGCGGGCGUCUGCUACCACCGUUCUGGUGAGCUCGAUUCCCCAGAAAUGGUGCUCCGUUGAAGCACUUGACGGACUGUACGACGUGUUCCCGGGCGGUCUCAGAAACAUCUGGAUCAACAGGAAUUUUGAUGAAUUGAGCGCCAAGAUCAAACAAAGAGACCAGCUUGCUGCUACACUGGAAGCUGCUGAGACGGAUCUGAUCAAAAAAUGUUUCAAGAAGAACGAAGAAAACGUCAAGAAAGCCGAGAAGGAAUCUGGUAAAAAGCUUUCCAAACGAGAAAAGAAUCUUCGAACCACCAUCAGGGAUGAAGCUGGUGAUCAGGCUGCCCACGGUCACGGUGUCAGCUCCGGUAAUCCUCACCAAGUUAGCCACAAUCUCCGUGAUGCCCUCGAUGGUAACGAUGAGCGGUCCUUAUCGUCCAGCGACGAAGAAGAAACCGAAGACGAGGAGUUGAACCGCAAGAAACCCGCCCUACCAAUACCUGUGUUGGGCGAAAGCAUCACGGCGGUUACGCAUGGCUUAGAUACCAUUGGAAAUAGAAUUAUGGGUGGCAUUCGGGGCGUGAACAAAGGAGUCAAUGACACCAUCAACACUACGAAUGGAUUCGUGGCUUCAGGGACAGACCCGGGCCGAUCCUCUGGCGAAAAGUCGUCCGAGGAGCCAAAGAAACCCAACUUCGGUGACUAUGCGCGGAACGAUUUGCAUCAGCAAAAAUCGCAUGGUGCUCAUGACGCAUCAGUGUCAGGGCAGCUUCCACCUGAUAAUCGCGGACGAACAGUGGAAAGAGUCGGCAAAGGCGAGUUACCGUCCAGUCCGAUCUCCCAGUCUAGUACAAUGGGGGAUGAGAGGACCAAGCCUCACAAGCCGAUCGGCAAGUUCGAGAAGCUACUCAAGGCCGUGGGUCUAGGGUCAGAUGAAAAGGAACCAGUUGAUUAUCCAUCUGCUUUCGAACGGGACUUCGAACACGAUCCCGAUGACGCAGUUUGGCGACGAUAUCUGGAAGAAAAAGAUCGCGACACCAUGAGGUUACCAAUUUUCGGUUGGCAGUGGAUGCCUUCGCUACCCCUGGUGGGGGAAAAGGUCGACACCAUCCGCUACUGUCGCAAAGAAGUAGCGAGGCUCAACGUCGAGAUUGAAGAUGACCAGGCGCAUCCAGAACGAUUUCCGCUGAUGAAUUCUGCGUUCAUUCAAUUCAACCACCAGGUAGCGGCCCACAUGGCUUGUCAAACUGUCAGCCAUCACAUUCCAAAGCACAUGGCACCUCGUAUGGUUGAAAUUGAUCCCAACGAUGUCAUUUGGGACAACAUGUCUAUUCCAUGGUGGCAGCGCUAUGUUCGGACUAGCGGUAUUAUCACCAUCGUCACUGGGAUGAUCAUUCUUUGGGCUAUCCCAGUCGCCUUUACAUCCGCGCUCUCGCAGCUCGACGUCGCAGCGAAGUCUUGGUCUUGGCUCCACUGGGUGCUCAAGAUCCCUACAUGGUUCAGGAGUGUGAUUCAGGGUGUUCUUCCUCCCGCUCUUUUGGGUCUGCUGACCUUCCUGCUGCCUCUGAUCCUUCGAUUUCUUUGCAGGGUACAAGGAAUUCAGUCGGGGAUGUUGGUCGAACUCUCCGUGCAGCGCUACUACUUUGCAUUUCUUUUCGUCCAAUUGUUCUUGGUCGUGUCGAUCGCCUCUGCCUUGACACAGUUCUUCGCGCUCUUCACCAGCUUCGAUGGAUUCACGAAUAUCCCGACGCUACUAGGCACUAACAUUCCCAAAGCAAGCAACUACUUCUUCUCCUACAUGCUCCUGCAGGCACUGUCGGUGAGUGCGGGAGCUCUGGUGCAAGUUGGAUCACUUAUUGGGUGGUUUAUCCUAGCUCCUCUCUUUGACAGCACAGCUCGGGCCAAGUUCAAGCGGCAAACACAAUUGUCUGAUGUCCAGUGGGGUACUUUUUUCCCGGUGUACACGAACUUGGCCUGCAUCGGCUUGAUUUAUUCAGUAAUUGCGCCACUUAUCCUGGUUUUCAACAUCAUCACCUUCUCUCUUUUCUGGUUCGUAUACCGCUAUAACACCCUGUACGUGACGAGAUUUACUCGCGACACCGGUGGUCUUCUGUAUCCGAAUGCGAUCAAUACCACGUUUGUGGGUUUGUACGUGAUGGAGAUCGCUUUGAUUGGCAUGUUUUUCUUGGUCAGAGAUGCGGCCGGUAAUCUCGCCUGCGGAGGACAAGCAAUCGGGAUGAUUGUGAUCCUUAUCUUGACAGCAGGGUACCAGAUCCUUCUCAACGAAGCCUUCAGCCCAUUGUUUCGGUAUCUUCCUAUCACACUCGAAGACGAUGCAGUUCGAAGGGACCAGGAAUUUGCCAGAAUCAUGCGAAACAAGCAAGGACUGAUUGAAGAUGAAAACCAGGCCGAGACUCUUGAAGAGCAGCUGGAGCGUAAGGAGCGCCAGGAACGGGAAGAAGAUCGACAUGAGCAAGAGUACGAGCUUCAACGUAUCAAGGCGGACAGAGAAGCACGGCUUACGAGGCAAAGCACACAACAAUUGGAACUCAAACCCAGCGACUACCAGAAUCCCGAAAUUGUUUUGAGCCUGGACCAGGAGAGUAGAGGCGUUCGCAUGGCCAAAGCUGUAACUCACAAGGCGACCAAUACCACCAAGUAUCUGGUGUCACGGAAUCUGUCAACCAAGGAAAAGCGCAAAUCAUGGGCUGAUCGAAACAAUGCUUCGAAUCGACGAGCAUCGAACUUUGGUGGCGAGUUGGAUUCUCGUUCGCAGAGUCGGAGCCGAGCCCCAUCAGAAGGACCGUACGAUCAUAAACCCCACAAACGCCGCGUGUCGCCUCCUCGAGACGUUUUGAACAAGUUGAACAAUUUCAACCCAAUCACUGGAAACGAAAAGGACAUCGAAGCGCAGCAAGCUGCACGGAAUGAACUCGCCAAUGCACUGUUUGCGGGCGUGAGUGACGAACUGGAAGAUUUGACCCCGGAGGAGCGUGAUCGCCUGGUUCAGAGAGCUUUCCAACACAGUGCACUUCGUGCGAGACGGCCUGUGAUCUGGAUCCCACGCGAUGAACUCGGUGUUAGUGACGACGAAGUACAUCGCAUGGGACGCUUCAGUUCUCACAUCUGGGUCAGCAAUGUGAGACAGGGACUUGAUUCUAAGGGCCGGUGCGUGUACAGCGGAGCACCACCUGAUUUCAGCGAGGUCGACCUCAUUCAGUUGUAA